CUCUUGCUCUGGCCCAGCUCAGCUUCGGCUCAGGUGUGGUCAGGUUUUCUCGGGUGCGCUAUGGUAUACUAGCUGCUAGAGACGCUAUACAAUUUGUGUGUAGUUUAUAUAUUCAAGUACUUCCUCUUACAGACAAGUAUACCUGGCUGAUGGUUGCCCUGUACCCAAUCCGAAAGCGAUCUUCCUUGCCUAGAUUUUUUUGCCAUCGCCAAGAAAAACUAAUAAGAGGUGGUCGAAACAUAGACAGUCUUGGUCAAUUACGAUGAAUACAUUUAGAGUCCACCCGCUCCUAUGCCCUCUACAUCGGAGUAUGAGAAAGGAAAGAAGAGGACCACAGAACUUUGACGCCUUAUAGAUAGCACGAUCGAUUGCUUCGCCAUGGACCUUAGUUCUCGUCUCAGUAUAAACAUUCCCUCGAUAGCAGCAGAUCUGGAGGUGCUCCUUGAUCCAGAUUUGUGCGCAAGCCUCCACAACCAAAUUAUCGAACAAGUCUGUCUUGUACAGCCUAGUCUGCGGCGGCUCGUCCGACGGAACGUCCUCGCUAUCCCUCACUCGGAAAUCCACGACCGCAACUAUGAACCUUCACACGCAAUCACCGAGUCCGAGUUACCAGAUAUCUUAGGAAUAGCGCUCACUGACUUCCUGGGGAAGAUCGAUGUCUUUGAAUUUCCCGAAGGAGACUAUCAUAGUCACCCGAUGACACCAUAUUCCUCGCCACCUAUACUACCCAAUCUAUGGAGCUUUGCGGAUCACCGUCUUGUUAAACGUGGGCAAGACCAAAGUAAUCUUAUUUUACUCUACAGUCAUGCGCAGUCUUCAACUAGUGGGGGGCUGUUUCUUGAUACGAAUGAGCAAGUGGCAAAUUGGCUUGAUUUGCCAGGCUCAUUCUGGCCUGGGAAUGGCAUCCCGUUGAGUGAGGUGCUAAGGAGAUGGCUUUUUAUGUGGGAGGUGGGAAAGUUCCACUUGCUAGAAACUGGAGAAUUCGGUGUGAGGUCAUGGAUCGAUAAGGAGGUUGAUGAGGCUGUAGAAGCCUGGGAGAGAUUGGUUGUGGUGAUUGAAGCGAGAAGAACUGUGUUUCAUCGAAGUGGAAGUGAUGACGACGAAUUCCGACCUAUGAUUGAGAAUGGAGUCUUGCAGAGGUAUCAAGGCGAUGGGUUUUCACGACAUUUCUUCGCAAUGGCCAAGAAGCCACCUCAUGGUCUGAAGUUCGUAGCGCCUGGUAUAACUACGUGGGACUCGACUUCUUUUCAGGCGGUUUACUCAGCUGCCGGGGACAAUAGGAGACGAGCCCGUCAAUCCCACCGUCUCGGUCGUGUCAUCCGAGAAGAAGAAGAGCAUACGCCGAUGAUCAUUUUCCCUGCGGCAAACGAAAUACCAGCAGAAGUCCUUGAGCGCAGAGCAGCCGACGUGAGUGGAUCUCAAUGGAUGGACGAUUUGAUCAUCGUGGAACGAAAGCUCGGAUUGUACUCGACGCCUGGGGACGGAUUUGGUAAUACGGUAACACUCAUAGCUGAUGUAGAUAAUCGUGCUUGUUUUCAAAGAUGCGACAGAUGCCCCUGGCUUCCGAACGGUGGCAGAAAGACGACCUUAAAGGAAAUGUUGGAGAUAUGGACUGUCUUGAUUGAGAUGGAUGUGUGGAAAGUUGAUGAGAAUGGAGUGGUUGGAGGCUUGGAAUGGUUCCAACGAGGAACAAACAAGAGACAAUUAGAAGAUGGAACAGAGGUCGAUUUGAAUCUUAUUUGGGGACCUGAGGUGGAAUAUUAAGGUUGUCGAUAUUGAGGUUACUACACAGAAAUGAUUUUGAACUCUAUAAUAAAGUGUGCAGUUGCAAAUUCGGUAAUCCCUUGCAUCGCCUCUCGCCCAC